AAUUUGCCAAAUGAUGUUUGCAGCGAAAAGCCCUUUGGCUUCCUUAAUUUGAUGGCGAAUGAAUGCAAUUUCGGUUAUGGGAUCGGUUCUAGAACCACGCUCGAAUAAACUCAUGUAUAGGCUUUUUGAAAGUCAUCAGCUGGCUAUCAUGGCAUACUUAGUCUCGUUUCUCGUUCUUCCCUCCCCAAUAUGAAUAUGUAUGUGGUCUUUGUGGUAUGAGUUAUAAUUUUAUUGACAUUUUCGUACAGUUCGGUAUCCUGCCUUACUUUCAUUAAAUUUAGAAAUUCCCGGAUUCUCCGUCUAUUUACUAUUGCUCCACUCAUGUGCCUCGACUGGCGUGAGCAGAGUUCUUCGAAUUUGUAAAUAUUGAAUUUAGAAUCAAACCAGCAACCUGGCGGAUCCCACUUGUAACCCGAUCCAGUUCGUAUCACAGGAUGCUUGCCAACCAGGCAGCCUGUUCCGGCGGGAGAGAGAAAAUUGUCAACAUGCUCAAGCAGAGAUGUUUCAGGAACAAGUACCACAAACCAAGGCGUCGACACCUGAAGCAGACUAUAGCAACUUGGAUAUUGUAAAAGCCACACAGAAUGGAGCUCUUGAAAGGUGCAAACAAUUGGUAAAUGAAGGGUUUGACGUAAACCAGAGAGAUGCUGAAAAUGUUACCUUGCUCCACUGGGCAGCAAUCAACAAUCGGAAAGAAAUUAUUCGCUAUUAUAUCUCACAAGGGGCUCAUGUUGAUGCGGUUGGAGGAGACUUGAUGGCCACUCCUCUUCAUUGGGCAACGAGAGCGGGUCACUUGGGCACUGUCGUGCUUUUGAUGCAGCAUGGUGCAGAUCCAUUGAUUUGUGAUGGAGAUGGACUACAAUGUAUCCACAUAGCUGCUCAGCUGGGCUACGCUGGAAUUAUGGCGUACUUUAUUGCCAAAGGAGCAAACAUGAAUUGCCAGGACCGUGGUGGCAUGACACCUCUUAUGUGGAGCGCAUACCGAGUCACCAGGUGCGCAAGUUCAAGUUUGGACCCAACUCGUAUGCUGGUGACCUUAGGUGCCUCAACUGUAGUUCAAGAUAACUUCCAUGGUAACACUGCUCUUCAUUGGGCCAUAAUUGCUCGGAACUCAACUGCCGUCACUACUUUAGCUAUUAAUGGUGCAAACCUUGCAGUUCGCAAUAAUGCUGGACAAACACCUUAUGAAUUACUUAAAGGUAACAGAGAUAUGUUCCUUAGUGACAAAGUUAUUGAAAAGAUAGAAGAGGUUGAUAAGAAAUCAAGACCUACCUCCUUAUGUGAUCGAAUUACAAAGGACAAGAAAGUGAAAAUGUGGAUAACAGGCCUUCUACCAGCUACAGCAAUAUUUGUCAUUGGAAGGUUACUUCAGUCACCUAUUCCAGUUCCAAUUAAAUGUGUUAUUCUUCUGUUAGGCUAUGUACUUGGCUAUUUUGUACGCCCAUAUGUUUGCAAUGACAAAUACUUUACUGUUCUACCGCUUGCAACCUAUUUUGGAACCAAGUUCUGGGUCUAUGCCACAUGGCUAGUUUGGUUUAUACCACAUGUAAAUAUUUCGGUCACCAUAGCAAUGUUAAUCAGUUCUAUCCUUCUGUGGUAUAAUUUCUUGAAGGUUUGGAAAGGUGAUCCAGGAAUUGUAUCUAACACCCAAGAAGAGAAGUACCGGAUAAUUAUUGAAGAAGCAGAGCGUAGGGGUUUUGAUGCCCGUUCCUUCUGCAGUUCUUGUCUUGUCCAUAAGCCACUUCGUUCAAAACAUUGUGGUGUUUGUGACCGCUGCAUUGCAAAACAUGACCAUCACUGUCCUUGGGUUUCAAACUGCAUUGGUGACAAAAAUCACAAACAAUUCAUAGGCUAUUUGCUUAUGCUUUUGGUGAUGAUAUUUUUCAUGAUUUAUGGAGCCACACAGUUCUUUCAGACAGCUUGCGACAUACCAACAUCCUCUGGGUUUUUUGGAUCUAUAAUUGCUUCAAGUCAAUGUGACUCCUGGGUGAUGUGGAUAACUUUUAAUUGCAUCUUGCAUGCAAUCUGGGUUUUCUUGCUGCUUGGAUGUCAAACGUAUCAGAUUGUGCUUUUGGGCAUGACUACAAAUGAGAGACUGAAUCACUGGCGUUACCAGCAUUUCCAUCAAAGUGGUGUCUCUCGCAGUCCUUUCCAUAAAGGAUAUUUCCAAAAUCUGGUUGAUUUCCUGGGCUGGCGAUGCUUUGGGUUACUUAACCCAGAUACGACUGAUUGGUCGAAGACAUUUCAUGUUGGACCAGAAGCUGAGCGACCCUUACUACACACCAAAGAAACUUAUGAUUUUGUGUAAAUUUAAUAAGAUUGUGAAGUGUGCUAAGUGCCAUUCCCUAACUGUGAACUGCCAAUGUGAACCAAGCCCAACUGUUGAACAAAGGUGCAGUGGGUGCAGCACAAAAAAGAAAUGUGCUCAUUGCACAAAAUAACUCUGUUAAGUUUAAUAUGACUUGGUGCUGUAUUUUUCAGGGCCCUUAAGAAUGCUGAAAAUAAUGACUUACAUUUUGUUGACACUGUUGGUCACGUGUUCCAUAACUUACAAUUUGUCAAUUAAUGUACUGUUUAUUUUUUACUUUCUUAAAGUUGUGUUUAUUGAUUAACUGUCUUCUUUUUUAUAAAGUAUUUCUGCAGCUUUUGCACAUUUUUUGAUGUUACUUUAAUUUUGUGAAUUCAUUGAUUUGGUGAGACUAAUGUACUGAAGUGGUAUUUUCAGUUUAACAAAAUUAGUAUGGAAUGACAUGCAAGUCAUGUGGACUCACCACUGUUCAUAAAAACAUGGAUGGUCAUCAUCCAUUUUUAAAGUGAUUAUUUUGAUACUGUUUUACAAGAGUAGCCAUGAAUGAGCCAGAGCCAGACUGUUGCAUGGAAAAACAUUGAUGUAUAUUUGGCUAUUUUCAAACAUACCUGUUUUAAAACAAACGGUUUUUGAAAAAAGUUAUGAAUAAAGGAGUAAGUUUUGACUUUGUAGUUAUAAAUUUGAACAACUUGGUAUGGAACAAGUUGAAUUUAAAUGUUGUAAGGUAACUGUUGUUAUCUCCAAGAAAACCAAGCUUGCGCUGAGUGCCUCACCAUCAGGGCAAGGGAAGAAAUAGCUAUCUUGUGUAAUGUUGCACUGUUUGGUUUUCCUUUUCCUGUUGAUGUGUGUUCUAAUAGAAUAAUAAUCCAAUACUUUAAAGUGAAUUUUAUCUCAUCUAAAUUUUAUAGCCUACAUUGUAUUCUCAUGCUUGUGUUUGAAAAUGUAAAAUGUCAUUGUUGCUUCAGAAUAAUCAUUUGAUAUUUGAUAUUCUGAUAUUUUGUAACAUACCUCACCUCUGGUGUAUUUUAAUACCAAUGUGAUUGUGCUUUCUAGUUAUCUUUUGACCGAGAUAUGUUUUGGGGUAGGAAACAGGAUUAUACUGUACAGUUCACUCAUGUUGGUGUGUUUGCUGUAUCUUGCAUCAUAAGCUUUUUUUUUCCCUGGCUUGUAUAUCCAACAUUUGAUUUUGAGCUACAGUUUUCUUAUCUAACAGCUGUGUUGUCAAUUAUGUUAAUGAGUUUUCAUAUCAGAAAGGACAAAAAUUCAAUUUAAUGCAAUCUAAGAAAAAACAAAAACUUUUAAGUAAGGUGGUGUAAAUUAAUACAUUUCAUUGAUUCAGAUAAAUUUAAAUUUCUCAUGAAUACCUGUACUUUAUGUCUUGGGCCCUGUUUUCUUUGGUGACAUAUCGGUAGCUAUCAUAAUAAAAUGUUAAAUUAAGUUGUACAUGGUUUGGUUGAAGUUUUGAAUAGAGAAUUCUCAAGUCAGUGUUCUAGGAAUGCAAAGACUUUGGAGAUGCAAGCAUUAUGUCCUCUUCAUUACUGACAGAACUCUACUUUUUAAACCAUGCUAAGUAAGAUACUGUGUUAUUGUACUCCAGUAAAGCUCCUUGUACUUAAUACUGUUCCCAUUUUUUCUGUACCUUGCAGUACACUUUGAAGUGAUCUCAGAUAGAAUAGUGGGUGUAAUUUAACGUUCUAUGAAGUGUUUAGCCUCUGAUAACCAUUCCAGUUUCGUAAUGCUUUGGUUUUAUUUAUCUUCUUCACACUGGACAUCAUUAUUGUCUGGAAACUGUGAUAUAAUGUUAGUCAUCCAGUAGAGCCUAAUUAAUGUUGAAUUUUUAAUAUCAUAGUCGAACUCUUUGACCCACCCUAUGUAUUGAGUUCUCAUGUAUUGCACGGUUCAAGUGACAGUUUUCGUAUAUAUUAGCAAUUGAUAACCCCUUUCCUUGUAAUUAUCCUUAAACAUAAUACAUUUCAUUUUCAAUCCGA